AUGUUGCCCGACUGGGUCAUCAUCCACAUCCCAGAUAGUGUGGUGCUUGUUUCUUCCCACUUCCACCCUCCCGUGUCUCCUGAGAUUGGGGAUUAUUUUUGGGACGAUGCAUCAUCCUGCGCUGACAGCCGAGGACCCGCGGAUCCUCAGCCGGUGGGGAUUUUCAGUCCGGUCGGUCGAACCGUCCCUUGA